AUGAAACAUAAUCAAUAAUUAACAACAGAUGAAGAUGAAUUGAUUUCAGAUGAACCAUGGAGAGAAUAUAUAGAGCAAUUUAAAGAUUUAAGAUAGAAAGUAAACCCAAAAGCAGAUUAGGAAUUUUAACUUGUGACAAGACUUGAAUAAACUAUAAACCUUAUUGGUAAGGGUUAGAAGCCAAAUCCUGAUAAGGCAUAGUUUAUACAUAAGGCUAAAUGUAUAUUACUUAAAUUGAAGAGGGAUUUACAUUUCUUUUUUGCAGAUGAACAUGAAUUAACACUUUAAUGUAUCACCAUUUUAUUGAUUUAAAUAUUGGAGGAUUGUCCAUAUAUUUUUAAUGAUUGUUAAUAAUAAAUGUUAGAGAUGCUUACAUGUUUGACACUCAAAGAUUACACAUUAAUAUUAUUAAUUAAUUCAAUAAGUUUAAAGGAAUACAUAAAGAAAUUAACAAAAGAAAUAUUUUUAGAUUCUACAUAAUAUAAUCCAACUAGUGAAAUUCUAUUUCUGUUAAUUGUUAUGAUGAUAGCACAUUUAGAUUUUAUUAAGAAUCCAGAAUUAGAAUUAGUUCAAUUAAUUGUUAAAUGUUUUUAGCAUUAUUAAGAUUAAAGAGAUAAAACAUUAAAAGAAAGAGAAAUUUAUGAUUAAAGAAAAAAAUUUGAAAAAAAGAUUACUAAAAAAUUAGGUUAAGAUAAGGAGCAAUUUGAAAUUCCUCCUGAAAUGAAAUAUAUGUAAGUUCCAUAAGAAACUUGUAGAAUAUUAAAAUUAGGUCUAUCACUUAUUCCUAGUAAUAUUUGUUAAAUGCCUUCAUCUUAUAAAUAUUAAUAAUCUGAAGAAAUAAUGAAAGAAAUAUCUCUUAAUGUCUUUUUUUGUACAUUAAGUUUCAAAAUAAAAUAAACAUUAGUAUAAACAAUAAAAGAAAAUAAAAGAGAUUUUGAUGUAGUAUAAAUGUUAGUGGAUAUAGCUGGAAUGCCAGAAUGUUUUACAUAAUAAAGAGAAGCUUUAAGAACAGUAAAUAUGUUUUUAGAAGGAUUUGAUGAUACAUUAUUAUGGAUUAAAUUUGAUUCUACUAAUCUAUUUGAUAAUAGUAAUAUGAAUAAUGUAUUAAUAUAUGGAGAUCCAACUAAAUUGACUAUAGAUUAAGGAUUAUUUUAUGAUGGUUGUGGUUGUUUUUUUGAUAGAGAUCAAGUACUUUAAUUAGAAGAACCAUUAAAAAUUAACAAAAAAUAAAUAACAGUAUCAUUUUGGAUGGUCAUGUUUAAUCCUGAAACAAGUAAAGCAAGAGGUGCUUAAAAUAAUUAUUAAAUUCGUACUUUAUUAGGUUCUAGUGAUGGAUUUACAUCAUUAAUUAUUUCAGAUGCUUAUUCUUAAUUAUUAGGUAUUACCAAUAUUAGUCAAGAUGGAUAUGGAUAUAAAUUCUUUGAACCUAAGAAUUCUGAAAAGAACUUUUCUGGUUGGAAUCAUAUUGUAAUUAUAUUUGACAAUGAUUAAGAAUCAGCAUAUCUCUAUUUAAAUGGUGCUUAUGAAAGUUAAAUUAGUAAAGUAGUUUCAUCAUUUGAUAUUUAAUAUAUAGGAAAUAGUGGAACUCUUGAUUAACCUAUUGGAUAUAUAUGUGAUUUGAGAAUUUAUCCUAAAAUAUUAAAUGAUUAAGAAAUCAAAAGUUUAUCUUAUUAUGAUAAAAAAUAAGUUAUGCUUAAUAAUAAAAAUGAUAUAGUUGAUUAAAUACUCAGUAAUAGAAUUAUUUUAGAUUUAAAAAGAUUAUUGGGUUAUUUCACUGGUAAGAAUUCAGAAGCAUUAAUUUAAACACUUUAAAUACUAUCAAAAUUAUGUUAAGCUACAACUAUUUUUAGAUUAGAAUGUGUUAAAUAUGGAAUCUUUGAUUUGGCUAUGUAAUUAUUACCCUCUCCUAAUUAAUAAGUAUCAUAUUAGGCUGGAAUAUUAAUUAAUAAUAUGAAAUGA